GUCCUAUACAAACCUCCCAUGAACUGAUCUCUUCAUUCUUCUUCUCCUUCUCACUUAAGUUUCUCUCAUAAGAAAACUUCAAGAUCUUAUGUUCUUGACCCCAAAACAAGUUAUUGAUCUAAAUAACUAAGAUUGACUAGCUCACAAGUUAUCAGAGAAGUUAAUCAUUGGCCGGCUUUGAGCGUGUGUAUACACAUAUAUAUAUGUAUAUGUAUGAGGAGGAAAGGAACAAUAUUGUUAAUAAUCAAGAAGGAGUGAGACUGGAGAUGGCCUUUCCACAACAUGGAUUCAUGUUUCAGCAACUCCAUGAAGACAGUGCUCAUCACUUACCUUCCCCUACUUCUCUCCCUCCUCACCUCUUCUAUGGAGGAGGAGGAGGAAACUACAUGAUGAACAGAUCGAUGUCGUUCACGGGAGUAUCAGAUCAUCAUCAUCUAACUCAAAAAAGCCCGACCACGACGAACAUGAAUGAUCAGGACCAUGUGGGAGAGGAAGACAAUCUAUCAGAUGAUGGGUCCCAUAUGAUGUUAGGAGAGAAGAAGAAGAGGCUCAAUUUAGAGCAAGUUAUGGCAUUAGAGAAGAGCUUCGAGCUAGGGAACAAGCUGGAGCCAGAGAGAAAGAUGCAGCUUGCUAAAGCUUUAGGGAUGCAGCCAAGGCAGAUUGCGAUAUGGUUCCAGAAUAGGAGAGCUAGGUGGAAGACAAAGCAGCUCGAAAGAGACUAUGAUUCUCUGAAGAAACAGUUCGAUGUUUUGAAAUCGGACAAUGAUUCUCUUCUAGCCAACAACAAGAAACUCCAUGCUGAGUUAAUGGCAUUGAAGAAACACGACCGUAAAGAUUCAGCAAAGAUCAAGAGAGAAUUGGCAGAAGCUUCAUGGAGCAACAAUGAAAGCACAGAAAAUGAUAAUAACAAUUCAGAUAUAAAUCAUGUAAACAUGAUCAAAGAUCUUUUCCCUUCUUCAAUCCGAUCCGCGACUACGACCACGACCUCCGCCCAUAUUGAUCAGCAGAUGGUUCAAGAUCAAGGAUUUUGCAAUAUGUUCAAUGGUAUUGAUGACACGACGUCGGCUAGUUACUGGACAUGGCCUGACCAGCAGCAGCAACAUCACAAUCAUCAUCAUUUCAAUUGAUUAUAUUGUCCAAGAAGAACAUCACAAACCUGUUCAACAUCUUCAUCAUACUCAUCUUGAUAUCAUUAUCAUCAUCAAACGAAAUUGCGUAGAUUUUUGUUCUUAAUUAAGUUAUUUAAUUAUUUGGCACUGUUUCAAAUUAAAUCACGUCGGUUCUUUAAUUACCGUUUUUGUUGCUUCUUUGUUUUUUUUUAGAAAAUUGGUGUAUAGGGGGGCGGGAUAUUCAGCAAAAUUGUAUAAUGAAAAAGUCUUGUUAAUUACUUCAAAUGG